AUGGUACCCGGAACUUCUGUUCGUUCUCUUGAGUCCGCCGACUACCAAUGGAAACAAUUGAUGUCACAGGGAUCACGCGACAGCCAACAACAAUCACGAGAAUCGCCCACGUUGUGGCAGCGUCGGCCUCUUGCCAAUGAGGCGAUGUGGUUGGCAAGGCCGAAAGAUUCUCGUGAUCUCUUCGUAUAUGCUUCUUUGAAUUUCAAGUCCCCUAUUCUUCGCAGCAGGCUAAGUUCAGCAAUCGAGUCUGCUUGGAAACAAGUGCGAUUCGACGUCCCAGAACUUGAGCUCACAACCAGAACAAGUGUGGAAGACGGGAACCGAUACAUGCAAUAUCAGACGCCUCUAAAUGAGGAAGACGUGGAUAAAUGGGUCAAGCGGACGUCAACUUUUGAAUUUGCGGUUCAAUGCCAAGGGUUUGGGAGGCUGCGAAAAAAGACUCUUGAAAAGAAACGAAGGCAUGACUUGGAUAACGUUUUCUUAUUCUCGCAAGCUGUGGUCCAGGCCGAGAACUUUGUGCUGGUCUACAAACUUCAACUUAUGAUUUAUGUGGAUCAUUUGAUUACGGACGGCAUUGGAGCUCGAAUUCUGCUUGGACGUUAUCUCUCACACCUUGCUUCUUCAAUUUCCACCUCAUUCCAAUUCAAACCCAAUUGGCUAGAAAACCACGACAGACUAUCGCCACCAUGGAUAUGUCUCAUGGACCCCGAACAAAAGCUAUCGGGGACACAGUACGAGAGGAAUGCGUUAUGGAACCAAGAUAUUAUCCUCAACCAUAUGAAGAACAACCAUGGAAUCCCCCUACUUGAGACGGGGAUGAGAGGGCCAGAAACCCACAAGGCACACUUCCUUACUUUCACCAAGGCACAGAGCACCUCUCUUUUGCAACAAGUUAAGAAGGUUGUUGGCUCCGACUCUAGCAUAACUCACCUUGGGCAUGCAGCAAUGGUAUUAGCAUUGCUUCGAUCCAAUCCUUUACUCCAACCGGACAUGGAGGCAAAACCAUCUCCUCUUUAUUCACCAUGCUGGCUUAAUGGCCGACGUUAUCUCCUUUCAACAGCUGGGCACCCUGAUCCAUCCACUGAUUACAUACCCCUCUGCAUCUCUUUUGCGCCGAUCCUAUUCGACGAUCUCAGAGACCUUUCGCUUUCUUUGGAAGCAGGGAAGGAGGAGAUUAAGUCCAAGCUCGUGCAUGCGUCUCGGAUUGCUACCAAGAGCUAUAGGAAGAUCAGCAACCGGAAAAGUAUCCUUCCUGAGUGUGUGGUUCUGUUCGAGAAUCUUGGAAAGAAGAUGGGGACCAUGAGGGUCCCGCAAGACUUGAUCCCUACUGAAGACGAGCAAGGCAUCGCUCCCGGAUCCGAAGUUGUGCUAUUAGAUGCCGAGAUCGCAAAGAAAAACAUGUCUUCCAAACCUGAAGUCGGGCAAGACAUCUCUCCCAGGCCUGAAACCGAGCAAGGCACCUCUACCAAAUCUGAAGGCAAUUCUCCUAGUUCUAGAGACGAGCAAUACACCAGUCCCAAACCCAGAUUCGAGUCAAUCUCUGCCAAGAGGGCAGACCCCUUCUUCCUCAGCGACGGCAUAGUAGAAAGGUAUAUCAGUCGUGAAUACCACGUCACUUCCUGGCUCAAUAAAAUCAAAACGGACAAGCCAAUGUUCGAGGUCGUCGACAUCAAGUUCGCUGCCAAUGCAGAUCGCAACAUUGUUGUGCGUAUGAGUAGCUGGAGGGGCCGAAUCACAAUACAAGCAGAAUGGAGAUGUUCUGAUUAUAAUCGAGACAUGGUAAAUGGCUUCUUGGAGGACGUUAAAAAGAUUAUGCUGUCGAUGCUGGUAGAGUGA